ACUCGUUUUCUCGCGCAAAAAAUACCGCUGCACGAUUAUCACUCGAGUAGUUCGACUGUUUCAUCGUAUGUUUAUCGGCAGCAGCACAAACGUGGAGUGACGCAUUACACACGAUCGCCGUCGAAUCGCGUCUUCAGUCAUCUCGAGCACACUGGCGCGACAGCAUCCGCUGCCGCUGCUGAAUGUUCUAUUUAUAACGGAUCGAAAGUAGUCGGUGAUCGGUUUCUGUGAUUAUCCAGUCUCUCGAUGAUACUUUCUGGAUAGUGAACAACAUCGUUACCGAUAGGUGCUGAAUACCUGCUACAAGUGCAGAAUAACGGAUCUGAAAAUGGGUUGGUGGCCGAUAAUCGCGGCUGUGUUGGCCGUGCUAGCGGUGGUCUACUACCGAGCCACGCGUAACUUCGACUUUUUCAAGAAACGUGGGAUUCCGUACUCUAAGCCGAUGCCGUUUUUGGGAAGCAUGUGGGAAGUGUUCUUUCAACGAUUGUCGAUUGCCGAGGGCGUAGAAAAGAUGUACAAUUUGGAUCCUGAGUCAAAGUACAUCGGUUUCUUCGAGUUCGAAUCGCCUCUGCUCAUGAUUCGAGACCUCGACCUGAUCAAGUCCAUCACCGUGAAGAAUUUCGACCACUUUCUAAACCACAGAAUGGCUUUCGACCCGGACGUGGAGCCUCUCUUUUCGAAGAAUCUGUUUUCCUUGUGCGACGAAAGAUGGAGAGAAGUACGAAACAUGUUAACACCGGCCUUCACGUCCAGCAAAAUGAAAUCCAUGUUCAUAUUGAUGCGCGACUGUGCGAAAGAGUACGGCGAUUAUUUCGCUUCCUUACCGGCCGACCAGUCAACCUUGGAGUUGAAAGAGGCGUUCACCAAGUACACCAACGACGUGAUUGCCACUUGCGCGUUCGGUGUUAAUGUCAACUCGAUGAAGAAUCCGACAAACACGUUCUACGUGUACGGUAGAGAGGCAACCAAUUUUGGGGGAAGAGCGCAGGCCGUCAGGUUUUUCGUGGUGAGAAAGUUUCCAUGGUUAUGUCGAUUGUUCGGUAUCAGGAUAUUCAAGCAGAAGAUCGUCGACUUUUUCAAGGAGUUGAUAGUCAGCACGAUGAAGGUGCGGGACGAGAACGGUAUCGUUCGUCCGGAUAUGCUUCAACUGAUAAUGGACACCAGAGGGAAAUUGGGGCCAGGCAAAGAGUUGUCCAUCGAUGACAUAGUGGCCCAGGCGUUCAUCUUCUUCUUCGGUGGAUUCGAGAGCACCGCCACUCUAAUGUGCUUCGCCGCUUACGAGAUCGGCAUCAACGAUCAGGUACAGAAAAGAUUGCAAGAAGAGAUUGACCAGGUUUUGGAGGAUUGUAAAGGCCAGGUCACGUACGAAGCUAUUAACGGCAUGAAGUACCUGGAGGCUGUCAUCCUCGAGAGUCUUCGUAUGUACCCAGCGAUUGUCGGUAGCGACAGAGUCUGCGUGAAACCGUUCGAAUUGCCGCCACGCGUGCCGGGAGCAAAGCCGUACGUCGUUCAGCGAGACGACUGUGUGUGGAUACCGAUCUAUGGCAUUCAACAUGAUCCGCAAUACUACCCGGACCCGAAACAAUUCAAUCCCGACAGGUUCUACGACGAUCCGAAACAAAUGGCCAACUCCCUCUCGUUCCUCUCGUUUGGAGUGGGCCCCAGGAUGUGCAUCGGCAACAGGUUCGCUCUCUUAGAAGCGAAAGUAUUGCUCUUUUUCGUUUUCGCUAAGUGCGACCUUACACCAUGCGCCAAAUCCUCCAUACCAUUAAAACUGGACCGGAAAGGUUUCGCCAUGAUCCCGGAGAAUGGCUUCUGGCUGAAAAUCCAGCCGAGAAACGCAAAGAAAGCGGAGCCAGUGGAGCUCAUCGAGAAGAUUCGCGGCAAUUAACUUAUGUUGCAUUGUACACGAUAUUUGCAGAACUUCUUCGUUUGUCUAGGGAUAAUUGUUUUUAAUCUUUUUACAAAUAGUUGUAAUAGGUUAUAAUAGAACGUGAUAUAUGUAAAAUGUAAUGGAGUUGCAACAUAUAUUAGUUGUAAUAUAGGGAUUUUAUAGAAGGAAGUAAAUCGGAAACGAGAGUCUGUCGUUCCAGCCCGUAAAA